AGUUGCUUCUGGGCAGCGGUGGUGACUACAUGUAGUUUGGAAGAGAGUGGAAAUAAAAUAAGAAAAAGAAACUAUAUAAUAAUAAAAUAAAUAUUUGGGAAUACCGGUAUACCAACAAAUCAAAACUUUUGGUUUCGUUUAUAUCUUAAAGACUGAUUGGAAGAAAGUAAUAGAAAGCAACCACCAGCAUUUAAAUGUGUUACUAACAAGGAUUUUUUGUAUUAUUGAACUAACCCACGCAGAGCAAACUAGGAUCAAAAGAAACGAAUAAAAAAGCAUCAUCAUGUUUUUGCCGGUUAAAUCAAAUCUUUCCACCGACAACACUGCCAACAAUGAAGAUGUCACUACCACCAGCAAUAAUUCCACACAAACACCCAGUGAUCUUAGCCCACCGGGACCAAAUGAAGAAAUACUACCACAAGCCCACCAUCAAAAUCCUGGACAUUGUGUGGCAUCAUUUGCAGCCAUAAAUCAAAUGCGCACUAAUUCACAGUUGUGUGAUGUGACUCUGGAGGUGGGCGGUGAAACCCUACAUGCCCACAAGGUAGUUUUAGCUUCAGUAUCACCCUAUUUCUAUGCCAUGUUCAAUGAUGACAUGCUAGAACGUACUCAGGGUAUUGUUCGUCUACAUGAUAUUGAUGUUAUUGCCGUAAGGGAUCUAAUUGACUACAUAUACACUGGAGAAAUAACUAUAACCGAACAGAAUGUCCAAGUAUUAUUGCCAGCAUCAAGUCUUUUGCAAAUGCAUUCGGUAAGGGAAGCUUGCUGUAAAUUUUUACUGCGUCAAUUACAUCCUUCAAAUUGUUUAGGCAUAAGAAGUUUUGCUGAUGCCCAUUCUUGCAAAGAGUUACAUACUAGAUCCCAUAAGUAUGCUUUACAAAAUUUCCAACAAGUCGUUGGUACCGAAGAAUUUUUAUUACUGCCAUUCGAAGAGGUCAGAGAUCUAAUAUCAAAUAAUCUACUCAACAUUUGCUCCGAAGAGAAAGUAUUUCAUGCUGUUUUGAAUUGGAUUAAACAUGAUUUAGCGGAGAGACAAAAUCACAUUGCCGAGCUAAUGAGUCAUGUACGUUUGCCGCUAGUCAGCCGUGACUUUUUAAUGACCAUUGUGGAGACAGAACCCUUAAUAAGGGAUGAUUCUCAAUGCAAAGAACUGUUACUCGAAGCGAUGAAAUAUCAUUUACUACCCGAACAAAGAAGUUUAAUGAGUAGUCAGCGAACUAUGGAAAGGAGACCGGAUGGCAUGAAACCUUAUGUAUUUGCCGUGGGAGGUGGCAGCCUCUUUGCCAUACACAACGAGUGUGAAGUGUAUAAUCCCAGAUCGAAUAUCUGGUCAAGUAUAGCACCCAUGUUAUGGAGACGUUCUAGGUCGGGGGUUACGGCAUUACACAAAUCUCUAUAUGUGGUGGGUGGUUAUGAUGGUGUCAAUGAUUUGGCCACGGCUGAGUGUUACAAUCCAUUGAAUAAUAAGUGGUCUUAUAUAACACCCAUGGGUACAAAGCGUUCCUGCUUGGGUAUUUGUGCCUUUGAUGGUUUAAUUUAUGUGUGUGGUGGUUAUGAUGGUGCUUCUUGCUUGAGCAGCACUGAGCGUUAUGAUCCCUUGACUUCGGUGUGGAGUUCGUGUCCAGCUAUGAGUACCCGUCGACGUUAUUGUCGUUUGGCCGUUUUGGAAAAUUGUAUUUAUUCUUUGGGCGGCUUUGACUCAACCAAUUAUCAAUCAAGUGUGGAACGUUUUGAUCCCAGAGUGGGAAGAUGGUAUCCGGUGCCCAGUAUGACAGCCAGACGUAGCAGUUGCGGGGUGGCAUCUUGUGAAGGUUUUCUCUAUUGUAUUGGUGGUAAUGAUGGUACUAUGUGCAUGUCCAGUGGAGAACGUUUCAAUAUAAGACGCAACAGUUGGGAGCCUAUAGCAGCUAUGCAUUCACGCAGAUCUACCCAUGAAGUCGUGGAAGUAGAAGGCGCUCUUUAUGCUUUAGGAGGCAAUGAUGGUUCUUCCUCCCUUAAUUCGGUGGAACGCUAUGAUAUACGUCUUAAUAAAUGGACUAUAGUUAAUUCAAUGGUUGCCAGACGUAGUUCGGUGGGAGCGGCUGUAUUGGAUUGUUUUAAUUUAGAGCGUGGUUUGGUACAGACUACGAAUUUAUGACCUCCACUGACAGCCAUUGCUGAAUCAUUUGUUAAUGCUGCCAAUGCUUCGACAUCAAAGAAUCCAUCACCCACUGCCACCAGUAAUAUUACAUCAACUAAUGGCGUGACUUCAACCACUUCAAUGUCGGUCUCUUCUUCAUCAGUUUCAUCAACCACUUCCUCUAAUAAUACCGCAUUACCGGGUAGAGCUCUUAGUGGUCGUAGCAUGAUGUCUGGAGAUUUGCUAAAUGUAGUCUUGCCUUCUAAUUAUACAUUAAGUACAUCAGCUCCAUCAUCUUCAACCUCCACCCUGAGACGUUAUCGUGAUCGCAAUCCAGCACCCGAACCUAGUCCCAGAACUGAAAGACCCUCUUCAAGUGAUGACAGUAAACCAACCACUGCCUGAUAUUUAUAUUAUAGAUAAAUCAGUUACAAUUACAAACGAAAAUACUGCCUCUCCCUUUAGAGAUCUUAAAACAUUAAACAUUUUCAAAAGAAAAAUAUAUAUAAAAAAUACUGGUAUUCAAUUAGGGAAUUACAUUUUCAGACAUUCUUAAUUAUAAGAACUUAUCCAUACUCUCUCACACAUACAUACACACUAUUUUUAUGGAAUUGAAUUACAAAUUGCAUACAUUUACAAUUAAUCAAGUGUUUAUACCAUUAUGGCAAAUAAAGUUUAUAAAAAAAAACAAUUAAAAAUUCUCAAUGACCAAUUCGAGCUCUUUAAUAUAAUAUACAAAUAAAUUAAUUAUAUACGAAUGAAAAAAAAACCUUUAAAAAUUAACCGAAUCUACCCACUUAAUUAUAGUAUAAAUUUAUGCUCUUAUGAACUUUUUACAGUAUUUUUAAAUUACACAUCUUAAAUAAUUAUACUAUAAUGCAAAAUAAAUUUUGCAUUUUACUUUAAGCAUAAUCUUUAAUCAAUAAUUUAUUAAAAUAUUUGAAUAAAUCAACCAAAAAUAAAAUGUGUU